CGGGGGCGGUGGGUGCGCUGUGGGCGGGGGGCCAGCAGCGGGGCCGGGAUCGCGCUCCCCGCAGCGCACGCACACAGGCGUGAUUAAAAUUCAAGCCUAAUGGCCUCUGGCAUAAACAACAUUCAUCAGCCCGGGACUUGCAAUGGAUCUAAAGCCGCUCGCAGCAGCUCGGCAGAGGAAUGCAAUCGGGAAAUGCACGUGAAAAUGUGCAAGAAGAUUGCCCAGCUCACUAAGGUGAUAUAUGCCCUGAACACUAAGAAUGAUGAACAUGAGGACAGUAUACAGGCUUUGAGAGAGGCUCAUGAAGAAGAAAUUCAGAAUAUUCUUGCUGAGACAAGAGAAACAAUUCUCCAGUGUAAAAGCAAAGCUGAAGAAGAACAGUUACUGAGAAAGCAUAUUCAGGCCCUUGAAAUUGCAGUAGCACACCACAAGAGAUUGAAGGAAGAAGCCUUAGCAGAGUUAAUAUUGUGUAAAAGACAAGCAGAAGAGAAGGAGUCAAGAACAGAAGAGAAACAAGCACAGACAGCAGCAGACACCACUGCAGGCUUUGAAAACAAACUUUCACAUUUAAAUCAGGAGUCUGAUGGACUGCUAAAUGACUGUAAAGCAUUUAGAGGAGAAAAUCUAGAUAAAAAAUUAAAUUUAGAUGAAAAAUGUAGUAUGAAAAGGCACACUGCAAUGAAUGAGAUUGAAAACCUGAAGAGCGAGAACCAGAAAACAACUGAAGAAUAUAUUCAGAAAACAACAAAACUGCAAGCCCCUUGUGAGAUGGAAAAAGAGACUUUGAAAAUAGCCAUGCAGCAAUCUGUGAUAGAAACAAACAGUCAACAAGGAGAAACAGAGCAAAAGAAGAGCUCAGGGACUGAGGAAGGCUUUUUGCUGCAGCAGGUAAAGAAGUUGGAAGCAGACCUAGAGGAGAAAAGCCAGAAGAUAAAUGAGAAGAAGAAACAUUCCCAGAAGCUGAAGGAGCGAAUACAGGAGCUCCAGACACAGCUAGAUGAAUUUAAAAGAAAAUCUGAGUGUGAACUAAAGCAACUAGAGAAAGAGAAAGAAGUUCUUACUGGGAAACUUCAAAACUCUUCACUGGAGGUGGCUCAGCUGAAGCAAAUAUUAGAACAACAAGCAAAUAAUUUCAAGGAGUCACUGAAGAAACAUAAUCUACAGUCCAACAAAGAAAAAGAGAAGCUUUUGCAGGAUCUUCAAAACACCAUUAAAGAAAACCAAAAUGUUAAACUGCAGUUGGAGGCAUCACAUCAAAAAGUCUUAAAAAUGUUGGAGAAAAGCAAGAAUCAGGAACUCAAGGAGGCAGAAGAACGUUUGAAAAAGGAAUUUAAUGAGACUUUCAAGAUCCAACAUCAGUCUCAUAGGCUGGAAAUACAAACCUUGGAAGAGAAAGCAAAGAAAGAAUUACAUGAUGAACUUGAGCAGAUACAAAAGCAGCAAGCCCUCUUGCUAGGGUCUCUAAGGAUGGAACUCUCCGAGCAGCAGACAUCAUGCACAAACCUAAAGAAGCAAAUAGAAGAACUACAAAUGGAGCUGAGGAGUGUGAGGACACUGAAGAAGCAACAGGAAGGAAGUAGCCAAAGCCAGAUCAGAUCUCUUCAUGAUGAACUGGAAAAAUGUCAGAGUGAAAUUUCUGAACUCAAGAGAGAGAAUUUACUUUUGAAGGACACAAUGGAGCUGCUCAGUGCUGAGUUGGAGACACAGAAGCAAGAAGCUGCACAGCUUCAGGAUAGAGAUAAACAGCAUAGAAGGUUUGCCUUGAAUUCACACUUGGCAGUGCAAUCUAGAGAUUCAAUAAUUAUGCCAGAGCUACUGGUAGAAGACCUCAAUAUCAAGCAUAAAAAAGAACUGGACAUACUGAAAGGAGAUCACCGGAAGGAAAUUGAAACCAUAGUGUCUGAUUUCAGCAGCACUCAGGCACAUCUCCAAGCAAAGAUUUUCUCCUUAGAAACUGCACUUAAAGAAUUAGAAGAAAAGUCAAAAAAGUGGGAGUCCAGGCCUGAAGACACACACCUUAUAAACUGUCUGCAAGACAAAUUAAGUGAGAGAGAAGAGAUUAUCAAGCAGCUGGUGGAAGGAAGAAAAUGUCAGCAUUCACUUGUAGCCAACACUGACUCUUACAGGAAUCGGUCAUUUUCUUUCAACCCCAAUACAGCAUGCCUGACUCCCUCCAUGAAGCAGAAGAAAAAGGUUGAGGUGCCCAGUCGUGUUGUCAGUGUUCCGAAUUUAGCUUCCUACGCAAAGAGCUUUUUGAGCUGUGACUUGAGAUCAAAAAGAAGUGCUCCUCAAAUAACAAAAUCUACAAGCUUAGACCGGAGUUCUGGUUGCCUCAGGGUGGGCUCUCCAUCAACACAGUCCUCAGACAGCACUGCUGCCACAAGGACACAUGGCAAUGAACAUGAACAAAUGAACAAUGAACAAACCAAAGAUGACCAAAAACAAGACCCUCAGCAUCAAGAAUGGCUUACUAAGUAUUUUUCAUUUUAAAGCAAACUACUGCCAUACUUCUCAAAAUUACUAUAAAAGUCAUUCCUGUUUCCUUUUUAGGAAUGAUAAUCCAAUAGUUGUUUUAAGGGAAGAAAAAAAAAGUAAUUUCUAAGUAAGGAAGUACCUGCAUUCUCUUUCAUCUAGUAACCAUGGAGUUACAGGCAUGAAGUUCAGGAAAAUGCUUUUUUUAAAACAACUUCUAUAAAAAAUUAAGGAAAAGUUUGGAUACAGUUAUGUGAAAAGGCUUUUUAAUGAAGAGACUAUAUCACUCCACUAUUUCAUUAAAUGUGGAAUUUGGACUCUGAUAUGUUCUGUCAAUUUGGCACCAGCUGAAAAAAAAAUCUUCCUUCUGUACAUUUACAUUUGCUUCAUCAGCUUUUUAUGUAAGUUCUGCAUAUAAUAAUGUAAUUUUAAAAGUUUUUAAUGCUUUUUGUUAAAUUAAUUUUAAGCUGCACAGCAUGUAGUACACCUUCAAAAAUAUGCUAGCAUGUUUAUAGCAGGCUGAUUCAGAAAUAAUUUCUGGUUUGCUUCAUAAACUGUUUUGUAUAUUUAUAGCUAUUUGCUAUGUAAUAUUCCCAUUGAAUUUCAAUAUAUGUAUCAGCCUGAUAAAUUAGGGUGAUAUGUAAGUAUGAACAUUAAAGCUUGUAAAUGAUCCAA